AAGGCCAAAAUCAAGCUAUUUGUUACAACUAGUUUUUGUUUCUUGACUAUAUACUUCUCUCUAGAUUGAUAACGUCGCUGUUUCUUGUUUUUUUGGUCAUUGAGAAAUGGUUCUAAGUUAUGGGUUAGGAGUUGAUAAUGUUUUUGGUUUCUUGGCUUUAUAAUACUUCCACUCUGGAUCAGAGUGGUGAGUUUUUUUUGACAUAAAAGCAGAAACUGAGAAGUUAGACUAUGAGUUCCUAAACAAAUCAGCCACUUAGUAUUGACUCCCAAAUGUGAUUCUCAACAAGGAUCCUUAAUUCCUUUAUCCAUUUCUCAUAAUUAAACUACAUCAAUAAUUAACCCACCAUCUCGUCUCUCUCUUCUUCUUCUUCCUCUUCCCACACUUCCCAUCACUUAUUUGCCUUCAGUCUUCAUCUUCUCUUUUCAUGCUUCACAACAAUUUGUUCAAGAAUCUUCAGUUGGCUACUUGAGUUUCUUCUGAUUUUUAUCUUGAUCUUCAAAUGGAGGCAAUUGGGGUGAUAUUGGUACCUAAUUUUGAGCUUGUGUAGAUAUAAAAGUAAAGCUUUUGAGUUUUCUACCAACAGCAGCACUCAAUAAUGAAACCAUUUCUUGACCUUGAAAAGGAGCCUUCAUGUUUGGCAAAUGAUUCUGAUAUUAGUAGCCAAGUUGCUUCUUCCAACUACAUUUCUCCACUCCAUGAAAAUUCUAAUGAUAAUAGUCUCAUAACUAACUCCUCUUUUCUUGCUAACCCAAAUAUUCCUGCUGCUGAUCAACCAGGAUUCGAGUCAGUUUGCCUCGAAUUGACUCUCAAUUUUAACAUCGAAGAUCUUGAAACAAGACCUGAUUCGACAGGAUUUUCAUUGUCAAGCACAAGUGAUCAGAGUAGUAAUGAACCUACAGCAUGUGCAACAAUGGCUGUCCCAAGAGUAUUUUCUUGCAACUACUGUCAGCGCAAGUUCUUUAGUUCACAAGCUCUUGGUGGCCACCAGAACGCACAUAAGCGCGAACGAACGUUGGCGAAACGUGCGAUGCGUAUGGGAAUUCUAGCUGAUAGAUAUGUGAGCUUAGCAUCUUUACCAUUGAAAGGCUCAUCAUUUAAGUCCUUAGGGAUCAAAGCACACUCUUCAUUGCUCCAUGGAGUUGCUGCACCAAUGAAGCCUAAUGAAAUCAGGAGCAGUGCUAGAUUCGAACCGGAACCGGGAUAUAUAGGCAUGCCGCUUUUCUUGGAGGAUGAUGAAGCAGAAGUUAUGUGGCCUGGUAGUUUUCGUCCAAUGGUAGAAACUAGAAGCACUCAUGAACUAACUCGACCAAGUUUCAUACUGACUGGUAUUUCAAGCAUAAGCUCAGCAGAUAAGACUUCGGAGGAUGUCGAAAAUUCGACCCUUGAUCUUACACUUAAACUCUAAUCUAAGGGUCAAUAUCAUCACUGUUUCUGCUGUCUUUAUCUGUACAGUAAGUGAUAAAUGGUGGGUUUAGUGUUGCAAGUUUCAAUCAAACAAAAGUUAAACUUUCCCCAUUUAAGUACUUGUUUAUAAAUCUUUUGCUGUGGGUUUGCUAUAAGUGAUUUUCCUUGCUUAAGGUUCUUGUAGAAGCAUUUUCUUGCUAUCUACUCCUUCGUAUGCUGGCUCUUAUCUUAUAGUAAUGCAAGUGCUCUACCAUUUUAUCCACUC